UUGCUCUUACACAAGCAUUGCAAAACCAGAAAGCAAAACACAGCCACUGCUGCGUUUACAGCCGGGUGAAAGCUUGUGAUUUAAAAUGAUCUUCAGCUUAACUCUAGGAGGACUUUGUUGCUCUCUUUGACUUUGUGGCAAAUUUAAAUACGUGCCUUGGAUUUGUUUUUUGGCAGAAUGCAGACACAAAUUGUUGGUGUGUGUUUGGGAAUCAUCGGCUUUUUUGGCACCAUCCUUAUCUGCGGAUUGCCCAUGUGGAAGGUGACGGCCUUCGUUGGGGCAAACAUCAUCACCUCUCAGGUCUUCUGGGAAGGUUUAUGGAUGAAUUGUGUAAUCCAGAGCACAGGUCAAUCUCAGUGUAAGGCCUACGACUCCGUUCUGGCUUUACCACAAGACCUGCAGGCUUCCAGGGCUCUGAUCUGCGUCUCCAUCGCUGUCUGCGUUGUGGCGAUCGGGCUCACUGUGGUCGGGGCCCGCUGCACCAACUUCUAUGAUGAUGACAGGCGGAACAAAGCUAAUAUCGGCGUGGCUGGAGGUGUGGUGUUUAUUAUAGCAGGCCUCCUGUGUGUUAUUCCCGUCAGCUUGUCGGCACACGGCAUCAUCACAGGUUUCUACAAUCCUCUGCCCACCUCGGGGAGGAGGGGGGAGCUCGGGGCCUCCAUAUAUGUGGGCUGGGCGUCUGGAGCUCUGCUCAUCAUUGGAGGAGGGGUGCUGUGUAGCACCUACAGAUGCUGAGGACCAGGAGAAGAGAGAAACAGAGAGUACAGGGCGCCUUUCGUCAUAUACUGUAGAAUAUGUGCAGUAAUGUGUUUACUGUAAUGGACUUAAUCUGGAGUUAUUCAACUUUAGUAAAAUGACUAAUGACAGUUUCUCUAAUCUGUGUAAAUUAUUAAAGUGUGUAGCAAAUGUGGAGUGAAAAGUUAAUGGCAUGACCAGGGAAUGCAACUUUUAUGGUUGUUUUUUAAAGUGAAGGAUGAACAAAUGAAGUUAAGUUGAGCCAAUAAUUAUAUAAUGUGAUAUUAUAGGAUGUUAACUGUAAAAAGAUGUUUGAUACAGAGAUCUGAGUUUAUGUAAUCAUUUUUUAUUUGUGAAGAACACUAUAGACGAUGCAAGAGUAAUCCGUUUGAAAUAUGAUUGGUUUUAUCAUUUUAAACAGUAUUUCCAAACGGUCUGUUUCUUGAAAUGUGUAGGUAUAGCUUUAAGAAUCUUAAAACAGAAAAAUCUUGAUAAAAGUUAUUGUUUACUCUUUGUUGUUGUUGUGAAAUUAGUUGAAUUUUACAUGGAAAAAACUAAACAUUUCUCUGGUAGACUUUUUCAAAUCUUUUCCCCUAUUGAGUAAUCGAACAAUGUGUUUGGCAUGCUUUGCCAACAUGCUUUGUAUGUUUUUAUGUUAACAAACCAUUAAAUUCACUUUGUAUAUUUGUUUAAACA